AAUUGGAUAACAAACCUCUCUUCUCUCUUUCUAAGAUUCUCCGGUCGAUCAUCAAAAUCGGAAACUAUGAAGAAACUCUACCGUAGAGGCACCACCGUUCAUCCAUCACCAUCAAUCACCGCCGAUCAUCUAUCUUUCCUUCCGGCCACCAUCUUAACCCUAGUUGCUGCACUUUCCCCGGACGACAAACAAGUGUUGGCCUACCUCAUCUCCUGCUCCAACAACGAUUUCGGCAACUUUUCAAGCCGCCGUAAGAACACCCCAAAAACACAAGCUAGAACCUCCGGCAGCGGCAGCGACCGCCUGCCUCUUUUCACCUGCGAUUGUUUCAGGUGUUAUACGAGUUACUGGGUCAGGUGGGUCUCGUCACCGAACCGGCAGCUGAUACACGAUAUUGUCGAUUCUUUUGAAGAUGAGGUUGCCCAAAGCAAGAAGACGAAAAGCAAGAAGGAAAGGAAGAAGAGAGGUGGUUCUGCUGAUUACAGUUCCCGUAGUUUGAAGAAACCAGAGGAAGAUUCCGGUGUGUUGAAAACGAUUGAACCGAACGACGGAGAAGGAAGCGGAGAUGUUGGUGAAGGGUCGGUGAGGAGGCUGGUGAACUUCAUUGGAGAGAGGAUUUGGAAUGUUUGGGGGAAAUGAAUUUAGACGAGGAUGGUGGGAAAAGAAG